AUGGAUAAUGAAUACAAUCGAUAUUACAUAAAAAUUCGAACUAUUUUGGGGAUAAAUCCAAAGACGAUUCACGAAGAACUUGCAACAGCUUUGGAAUCCAAGGCUCCAUCAUAUCCAACAGUUGCAGAAUGGACAAAGCGUUUUCGUGAAGGAAGAGAAGAUGUCAAUGAUGAUCCUCGAUCUGGUCGUCCAGUAUCCGAGCUGACAGAUGAAAAUAUUGAACUAGUACGAGAGAUUAUCAACAACGAUCCACAUUCAACUUAUGAUGAUAUUAUAGCUGAGACAUACCUCUCUCAUGGUACAAUAGAACGAAUUAUCCACGAUUGUCUUAAGAUGAAAAAAAUUACAUCACGUUGGGUACCCCAUCAACGAAUUGUUGAGAAAUCCCGACGAAAAAAUGCCGAGCACAAAAAACUCGAACGUCGAAAUUCCGAAAAACUAAAAUCUCGAAAUAAAAAUUUCGAAUAA